GAGGAAGUAUAUAGUUUAAUUUUUUGCGGUCAUAAUAAAAAGUGAGGCAGAAAUGGGCGCUUCACUUUCUUGCAGAUUUUUUUUUCUUCCAUAUUAUCAAAUGUUCAUUCCAAUUAUUUACACCUAAUUUGAAAAUGCAUGUUUAGUAUAGUGUCCUUUAAGCGUCCGUGAUAAAGAGUGAGGCAGAAAUGGGUACUUCAUUUUCCUGCAGAUGUUUUACAUGAAUUAGAUUUAGAUUGCAUCUGCAUUUUCUUACAUGUUUUAAGCAAAAUUUACCAGAUUUACCUACGGUCAAAUGUGGCAAUUAUCUGUACCUAAUAGGAAAAUAUUACUUCAGAAUAAAAAAAUUAUAUUUGAUUGUGGAGUUAACUUUACAAAACUCGAAUAGAAUGGAUUUAAUCAAACCCUCGCAUGUAUUUUGAUAGUGUCUUCCAUUCAUCAUUAAUCAGUUACUUAUGUCUCAGUUGUCUUAAAGCACCAUGUCGUGAAUGGAAUAAUACCAUUUUGGAUUGUUGGUUGAGAUGCUUCCCAUAUUUGUUCUAUUUCUAGGACGACACUUUAGUUUUACUAAUGUAUGGCUCCCGCUUUCCCUUGUCAAUAGUUACCUCAUCAUCAUUGAUGAUAUAUGGGAUACAAGCUCAUGGGACAUAAUCAAAUGUGCUUUCAUUGAUAGUGGAUGUGGCAGUAGAGUAAUCACAACUACUCGUAUUUUUGAAGUGGCAAAACUGGCAAGUGACAUUUACAAGCAAGAACCCCUUUCUCCUGGUAAAUCGAAUGAAUUGUUUUGUAUGAGAUUAUCUAUUAGCAAAAGCAAUAACCCUUAUGACCAAUCAGUUAAGAAAUCUGAAAAGAUAUUACAGAGAUGUGGUGGCAUACCGCUAGCUAUCACUACAAUAGCUAGCUUAUUGGCCAGCAAACCUGUAAAUGAUUGGUCUGGGGUGUAUGAUUCUAUUGGUUUUGGGAAUGAAGAUAACAAAGAAGUGGAUAACACAAGGAAGAUAUUGUUAUAUAGCUACUAUGAUCUUCCGUAUUAUCCACGGCUUUGUUUAUUGCACCUAAGCAUAUACCCUGAAGAUUUUGAGAUAGAAAAGCACACUUUGAUAUGGAAGUGGGUGGCUGAAGGUUAUGUCCUGGAGGAAGCAGGAAAAGGGUUAUUUGAGAUUGGAGAGAGAUACUUCAACGUGCUCAUAGAUAGAAGCAUGAUCCAGGCAGUGGAGGUGCUAUAUCACAGCAUCAUAUAUGCUUGUCGUGUGCAUGAUUUGGUGCUUGAUAUGAUUCAUUUUCUAUCAGAAGACGGAAGUUUUGUUACUGCAUCGAACAGUAACAGGACAUCUCCACGUAUUACUGCUCGUAGGUUAGCCAUAAAUCAUGAAGUCAUAGAGCAGGAUGGAUCUGUGGCUAACUCAAGCGUGCAGCAAGUGAGGUCAUAUAAUGCCACCAUGUGUCAAUUUAGUAUGUUGCCAUUGCUUUCAAACUUUAAAGCUCUACGUAUGUUGGCUUUAGAAGAGUGCACUUUCACGGGAAGUGAGCAAUUCUUUAUGAAGCUGGAAGAUUCUCCUUAUCAUCUUAAGCAUCUUGGGAGGCUGAUUCACCUGAGGUACCUUGGGAUCUCGGACCAGCUUAGGAGCUUAGAGGUCCCUAAAGAAAUAGGGGAUCUAAGGUUUUUGCAGGUACUGAACUUGAGCGGAGCUUACAUAAAAAAACUGCCUCAAAGUGUUGGUCGGCUAACACAACUGAAGUGCCUGCGCUUUUGCGGUUCUAGCAUGGAGGUGUUGGAGUGGAAUAAUCUAACAUCUCUGGAAGAGCUACAAUUGCAACCUGCCUCUCCAGACUUUCUGAAAGGGCUGGGCAAGAUGAAGAAGCUGAGGGAGUUGAAUAUACUCUUUUAUGAGGACGAUAAUAUGUUGUUCAAAGAUUUGAUGGGACUUCUUGUCAAUCUGCAAAAACUUCAAGUCCUAAUGGUUAUUGGUUGGUAUGGAGAGAAUCCUGAGCCAUGGUCUGAUUACGCUGGCUCUGUGGCCCUUGGGCACCUCCGUCAUCUGAAACUGGGUGGCCUGCUUCCUGGGCUGCCAGUGUGGAUUAACUCCUCAUGCCUCCCGAACCUCUGCCACUUGUAUGUGAAACUGACGGCUACGGACUCGCAGGAUAUGGAGAUCCUCGGGAGGUUCUCCGAGCUCAUUACUCUGUGCAUUUGUUGCAAGGAUGGCGCUGCUUUUCCUGAUACCAUGGAGGAGGGUGCAUUCCCCAAGUUGAGAUACCUGGAACUGAAAAAUUCUAACCAACCGAGAUUUGUACGGGGAGCAAUGUCCAACCUUGAGUGUUUUGAGUUCACCGGCCUGGUACGGGCCAAUGGCUUGGACUUUCUUAGCCUGGUGAACCUCCCUCGUCUUGAGAAAGUUGAUGCUCAAAUCAGAGGCGAAACUAGGAUGGGCAUCGACCUGUUGCCGGCACAUGCGUCGUUGAAGCAUGCAGUUGAGAUCCAUCCCAACCAUCCCGCACUCAAGAUUCACGGCAGUCAAAUGGAUGAUUGAAGCAUGCAGUUGAGAUUCAUCCCAACCGUCUGGCACUCAAUGAGGCGAGCUAACUGUGCUCUAUAAUCAAUCUUCAGGCCAGCCAGGGCUGUGUGGGUGAGUCUUGCUCUUCCUAUUGAGGCAAUGCCAUCAGCAAGCUACAGGAGUAAAUAAAAUCGCGAGGUUCUCUUCUCAGGCUUGGAAUCCGAUUUGGUUGUAAUCAGCCUCCGUGCCUUGAUUUUUUCCACCACAUUUUUGUGGUAGCUACGCGGUUGUAUUUUUUUUUGAGACAAACGCGGUUGUAUUAUUUUAUUUGUGGCAAUGUUUAGCCAUCAACCAGUGGACCAAACAGGCUCUUAGUAUCUCCUGGCCUGUGUAAAGUACUGUGUUAUAUUUAUUUCACUUCUAUGCUUUCCAAAA